GGGAUGCUUCUCCCGUGGCGGACAAAGCUCAUGCUGAUGAUCUUUGUCCGAAGAAGUUUUUUGAAUUCUGGAAGAGUUCGGAUCCUGGUGCUUGUUUUCAUUGUGCUGUUGUUGUUGUUUGUUUUUUUUUUUUUUUUUUUUUUUUAUGAACUUGCUUGUUUUUAUUUUGAUUGUUGUUGGUUGUUUCCUGUAGUGAAUAAUAUUGAUGUGGCCAAGCUCGCGAGUAAGAAACGCAAAAGACCGGCAGCCCGAGCUGCCACUCCGGCGCCCCCGUCUGUUCCAAAAGCUGCUGCGGAUGCGACCUCGGCUCCGCGGGUUGCGGGUGAUCAAGGGACCUCGACUGCUGGCAUUCACGUUAUCCCGCUUCGGGUUCAACUGCCCGGAGGGAUUGAUGUUCCCCCUACUGCAGAACCCGUGGGGGACAUUCCGUUCGUGGACCUAGGGUCGGCCGAGACCGUGGUGGGACCAAGGCGAGCUGAGGAGGUUCCCGAGGAAGGAGCUCCUGGGGGAGGUGGCCCGAGCACUCACAGGCCUAGACGCGAGAUCCCGGAUCUGCCGGAGAUCUCCUCUGAUACAAGCACCACCGCCCCUGGUCCUCAGACGAUAACUAGGACCAGCUUUGCCGAGUGGGUGAGCCGUCAUAACGAUGGGGCCCGCCCGACAUUGACCGAGCUGCCCAUUGCGGGGGACGUAGCCCGGGUGACCACGCUGCCCAUAGAUCUGGCCCACUACAAGACGCACAAGCCCGAGAAUUUGCUGGCUGCGGUUUCCUCUCUCUGCCUUCAGGCUGCGCAGAUGUCUUACUUGGCCGACCAAAACGCCAAUAAGAACGAGGUUGACCUCCUUCUUGCCAAGGACCUUCUGCUGUCUGCGAGGUCUAGUCUCCGGGAUGCUGAGAAACGAGCUGUCGAGGCGGAGAGGAGGGCCUCGGAAGGGGCUUCCUUGGUGGCAAGUUUAGAAAACCAGCUGAAGGAGUCCGAGGACCGGCGUGUCGAGGACUUGGGAGUCCUGGAGUCUUUGCGGAAGGAUGUUGGUCGGUUGGAGACCGAGAAGGCUGCUGACAAAGAGGAUUUUUCAAAGCAGCUGGCCGACCUAACGCGCCGGAAUGAGUUGGCGAGCAAAGGGCUCCGGGACACCGUGGAUGACCAGAAAAAGAAGCUGGAGGAGGCCACCAAGCGAGUCGGAGAUGCUGAGGCUAAAGUCGCCGAGUCUGCAGCUCGGGAAGAAGGUCUGUAUGAAGACUUCCGGAAAAUGCUGUAUGUCGGGGAGGUCCAGGCCGGGGAGUAUGUGAGGGGCCGGUUUGGAGCUAACGUUGAUGUUUCGGACUUCAAACUGGACGUGCUGGAGCUGCACCGCCGAGCUAAAGAGCUGCCCGAAGAUUAUGACAUACCGGCAGAUAUUGAAGAUUAUCUGGCCGAUGAUCAGGGCGAGGGCCCAAACUGAGGCAAUUUGUUUUUGUAAUUGUUGAACAAUUUAGUUUUUAGUUUUAUAGUUUUGAACAAUUUUCCUUGUCUUUGUAAAUUUUUGGGAUGUUUGAGCUUUGAGCUCUUUUUGCUAGUUUGAAUAUUUCCUUUCGUAUACUUGUUUUUUCUGAA